AUGGGCGAAUCUGAGAUCGAGAUGGAGGAGAUGUUGGAGGACAGAGCCCAGCCCACAGGGCAGAAGCGCCAUUGCUGUCUGGAGAGGGCGCAGCUGGUCCUCAUGGCCGGAGCCCUCGUAGCCUUGGGCGUGCUCUGGGCCAACAGCAGAGGGAAGCAGCUGCCACCGUUCACUAGCCUGCUUUGUCUCUCAAAGGACGAGAGGACCAGUGUGGAGCGGAAACCCCGAGCCGUCCAAGAGAAUGAAGUCUGUACCAGCCCAGCCUGUGUGAUAGCAGCUGCCAGGAUCCUCCAGAACAUGGACUCAUCUCAGAAUCCAUGUGACGAUUUCUACCAGUACGCGUGUGGCGGCUGGCUGAAGCACCACGUGAUCCCUGAGACCAACUCACGGUACAGCGUCUUCGACAUCCUCCGGGACGAGCUGGAGGUCAUCCUCAAAGGGAUGCUGGAGAAUUCCACGUCCAAGGACCGGCCAGCCGUGGAGAAAGCCAAGACCCUGUACCGUUCCUGCAUGAAUGAAAGCAUGAUCGAGAAUCGAGACUCCCAACCACUGCAGAACAUCUUGAAGAAGCUGGGAGGCUGGCCGGUGACCACAGACAAUUGGAAUGAGACCAUGGGUUCCGAGUGGAAGCUGGAGCAUCAGCUGGCCGUGCUGAACAUGCAUUUCAACAAGCGUGUCCUCAUAGACCUCUUCAUCUGGAAUGAUGACCAGGACUCGAACAGCUAUAUCAUCUACAUAGACCAGCCCACCUUGGGCAUGCCAUCCCGGGAGUACUACUUCAGCAACGGCAGUGGCAAGAAGGUACGGAAUGCUUACCUGCAGUUCAUGAUCUCCGUGGCCACGUUGCUGAGGAUGGACAUGAACCUUCCCAAGAAUGACACAAUGGUGCAUAAGGACAUGGCAGAAGUUCUGGAGUUGGAAACACAGUUGGCUAAUGCCACCGUCCCCCAAGAGGAAAGGCAUGAUGUCACCACCCUGUACCACCGGAUGAGCCUCGAGGAGCUGCAGAACAAAUUUAAGCUGAAGGGGUUUAACUGGAUUUUAUUCAUACAAACUGUGCUAGCCUCUGUCACAAUCCGGCUGCUGCCACAAGAGGAAAUAGUGGUUUAUGGAAUCCCCUACCUCAAGAAUCUCGAGGCCAUCAUAGACGCCUACCCAGCCAGGACCAUCCAGAACUACUUGAUGUGGCGGCUGGUGCAAGACCGCAUCAGCAGCCUGAGUCAGCGAUUCAAGGACACUCGGAUGGACUACCGCAGGACGCUGUACGGCACGACGGUUGAGGAGACACGUUGGCGGGAGUGCGUCAGUUACGUCAACAGCAACAUGGAGAAUGCCGUAGGCUCUCUCUAUGUCAGGAAUGCCUUCCCCAAAGACAGCAAGGAGAUGGUGAGAAAUCUCAUUGAAAAGCUGCAGGCAGUGUUUGUGGACAAUCUGGAUGAGCUGAGCUGGAUGGACAGUGAGUCCAAGAACAAAGCCCAGGAGAAGGCCAUGAACAUGCGAGAGCAGAUUGGUUAUCCCGACUACAUCCUGGAGGAGUCGAACCAGCAGCUGGACAUGGAGUACUCCAAUCUGGACUUCUCUGAGGAUCUGUACUUUGAGAACACCUUGCAGAACCUCAAGGCCAGUGCCCAGAGGAGCAUCAAGAAGCUUCGGGAGAAGGUGGACCCAAAUCUCUGGAUCAUCGGGGCAGCAGUGGUCAAUGCAUUCUACUCCCCAAACCGAAACCAGAUUGUGUUCCCCGCCGGGAUCCUCCAGCCCCCCUUCUUCAGCAAGGAGCAGCCACAGGCCUUGAACUUCGGGGGCAUCGGCAUGGUGAUUGGGCACGAAAUCACCCACGGCUUUGACGACAAUGGCCGGAAUUUUGACAAAGAUGGCAACAUGCUGGAUUGGUGGAGCAACUUCUCGGCUCAGCACUUCAGAAAACAGUCAGAAUGCAUGAUCUACCAAUACAACAACUACAGCUGGAACCUCGCAGAUAAUCAGAACGUGAAUGGGUUCAGCACGCUUGGGGAAAACAUUGCUGACAAUGGAGGGGUACGGCAGGCAUAUAAGGCUUACCUGAAGUGGCUGAUGGACGGCGGUAAAGAUUUUCAGCUGCCAGGCUUGGAAAUGACCCACACACAGCUUUUCUUUAUCAACUAUGCCCAGGUGUGGUGUGGGUCCUACCGACCUGAAUUUGCCAUCCAGUCCAUCAAGACAGAUGUCCACAGUCCCCUGAAGUACAGGGUGCUGGGCUCACUGCAGAACCUGGGCGCCUUCGCGGAGGCAUUCAGCUGUGCGGAGGGCACUCCAAUGCACCCGAAGGAGCAAUGUCGCAUCUGGUAG